AUGUCCCGAAUUUCGCACCCGAAGCGAAAGAUUGAAGACACCAUUUGGGCAGCAUCAAAAAGGUUGCAGAAUUACCGGAGCCGCAGGAGAAGACGUAAAUACAAGAAAUCUGCGGGCGGCGCCAGUGAGAAAACUGAAACGGAAUCAGUAAAAAAUCAAAUGUUUGAUUCAGCUGAUGCAUCUGAUAUUUUUUUGGAGAAUUUUGAUGUUAUGUGCGACAAAAAGGACGAUGAAGAUGAAGAAGAUGUAGAAUUACAACAAAUUCUGUUCUUCUCAGCGCAGUUCCACUCAGGAAAAAACUUGAACUUGGGAUUAUGCUCAAAAGUGCAGGGUAAGCAAGUUAUAAACACGCGCUAUUCUGUUAUUUACGGGUCAAUUAGCACUGUGAAUAGCAUUCGCGAAAAGGGGGAAUCGUCUUGCACUUAUUGUGAAAUUUGUGACGAUGCGAAACCCCCUAAUACGUUGAUACGGGGCAGCAGUUGCAGGCACUAUUAUUGUGAAGAAUGCAUAAGAAAUUAUAUAGGAGAAAAAAUCGAUGAAGAUAUAAAAGAACUGAAAUGCCCUGUUUCUAGUUGCAAGAGAAUUUUGGAUAUUGAGUCUUUAAUGCCGAAAGAUUUUCUCGAUCGGGUAAAAGAUGCGAUCAGAGAAACGGAGGUUUUGGCUUCGCCACUGGUAAUCGAAUGCCCCUUUUUGGAUUGUACAGGGGUUUUGAUUGAUGAUAAAAAGAGGUUUUUGAUCCGGGCGUGUCCUAAAUGCUGGAGAAUAUUCUGUGUUAUGUGUAGAGAUUCAUGGCAUAUGGGAAUGUCAUGUGUUGAUUAUAAGUUACAACUUAAUAAUAUUGAUAGGCAAUUGUCCUUAUUCUUGUGGGGAUUGCGAGAUGAUGAUGACGAAGAAGAUGAUACUGGAAAAGGCAAUUCCUUGAUCAAAAUUUUCCUGUGA